ACUGACAGUUUCACAUACCUGUCAGGUGAAAUAUAUCAAAGAACUGAUAUGGAUUCUGAAAGCAAUACUUAUGUUGAUGAUGGUUCAACUGCCUCAAAAGGUGCUUCAGCUGGUACUCAUUUCACAGUAAAAGUCAAUGGCUCCCAAGCAGUAAUAUCAUCAGAGGUCAUCAAAAAUGAACCCGACUUCCAUGGCUCCCAAGCAGCAAUAUUGAAGGAAGUAAUAUCAGCCGACUGCAAAGGUGAAAUGUAUCAAAGUUUUCUGGAUUCUGAAAACAAUACUUGUCUUGUUGAUGUAUCAACUACGGCAGAUGAAAUAUUUCUGGUAGCAGACUCCCGUGGCUCCCCAGCAGUAAAAUCAAAGGCUGGCGAAGGAGCAUUGAAUACUGUACCACACUACUUUGGCUCCCGAACGAAUGCUGACGAAGGUAGACCAUAUCUGCAUUUUGAAAGGGUUAUUUUUGGUGAUGAUGGUCCAACUACCAAAGAAUCAAUUUCACUUUGUAAUGACCUGAGUGUCUCCCCAACAGUAAUACCAACGUCGGGCAAAGGUGAACCCUAUCAAAGAACUGAUAUGGAUUCUGAAAGCAAUACUUGUUGUUGUGAUGGAUUAGCUACCGAAAAAGGAAUUUCGUUUUUUAGUGAUAUUGUCUCCCAAGCAGUAAAACCAAUGUAUGGUGAAGAAGCACAUUUAGUUGGUGGUAAUAUGGUUGUAGAAGCAGUAAUAUCAAAGGCUGGCGAAGGUGAUUUUCUUGAUUCUGAAAGGGAUACGUGUCGUUAUGAUGGUUUAGCUACCAAAGAAGCAAUGGCUGGCGAAGCUCAACGAGCAUAUAUGGAGUCUCUUCCCUCAGAUAUCCUUUCUCGGGUUCCAGCUGAAUCUGUUUUAGAUUGCAAAUUAGUUUGUAAGAGGUGGGAAACUUUCAUCCGCAGUAGGAACUUUGCUAAUAUGCACCUCCGCCGACUGCUCAACCAUCUCGAUGGUGGCGAAGACUGCAACCAUUAUCUAGCUGCUAAUGUGGAGUCAAGUCUCUUUUUUGCUUGUCGCUUUGACGAAUCCAAAACUUUACUUUACCAUGGAGGACAAGUAAGUGAUAGGAUUAGCAUCGGUGAGAAAUACAUUUACAAUCAAAAUCUGAAAAGGAUCUAUCAUGCUCCGAUGCACACCGACUUAUUGGCUCGUCACUUUGUUGGCUCGUGCAAUGGUUUGGUUUGUACAUAUCAACUCCACAAUGAAAUUCUAGAUCCCAUCUACAUUUGUAAUCCCCUUACAAGAGAAUAUGUUUAUCUUCCUCAACUUGUGGUAAACAAAGAAGACGUUGAUCAUCUUCUUAAAAUAGAUGGAGAGGCGAGCAUGUACUAUGAAAUGGCAUGUGGUUUUGGGUAUGCUAGGUCAACCAAAGAAUACAAGGUCGUUAGAAUCCAUUACCUCGAUUAUAACGAAGGAACUGUCGAAGUCCCUAGCAUACCUGGACUAUGGAGUUUGAUAUAAAUUUUGAAGCCGUAGUAGGUACUCGAAGAAGGUUGGAGCCUAUUUUACUUACAAACAACGGAGAGAUCGUAUUUCUGUAUGCUGCAUCUGUGCUAUAUUCGUAUGACCCAAAAACAACAAUUUUUAAGAUGAUUUCCAACGAAGCUUCUGAUUAUUUCUUCCAAGAUGUCGAAGCAAUUGCUCACUUAAAUACCAUUGAAGCUACGGGGGAAAAUUCAAAGAUAUUUAGGUUUCGUCCACGCCUGGUUCGUACUCCGUGGGACGAUAUCGUUGAUGAGUUAGACCGAGUUGCUCUGGGUGAGGAAAUUGAUACGACGCGUUACAGACUCGGUUCAUCGUCUAUUUAAAUUUGUGAUGCACGUCCACUAUUUUUAUUUAUUCUGUGGUGGUAUAUUUAGUUAAAAACUUUAAUUCAGUUAUGCUUAUGGGGUUCAUGUCGAUGGCAACUAAUGUUUCCUUGAUCUUCCACUAAUGUUUCGCCUCUAUAGUGUCAAUGAUAAUAUUUGGAAAACUGCCAUCUUUGGUUC